AUGGCGCAACUGUGCUCGUGUUUACUGGUGCUUAUAUACAAAUGUUAUGUGCUUCACAAAUUUUAUAUUCACGUACAGAUAUCCGAAAAACCGCCGACAGUUAAACUCAAAGCCAGAUGCUUCUAUUGUGAAAUAAUGAAAAAUCAACACACAAAGCCAACAGCUAAGCCGGUUAUUGAAAUACAAAAUAAGAAUAGAGGUCAGACUGAAUGGGGUAAUUUGUUCCCGGACUGCAAAGGCCGUUCACAAUCCCCCGUGGACUUGCCAGUGAAAGGUUUCAUCCGAGCCCGAGGCGCCCGUCCGCUUAUGUUUAACAAUUAUGACAUUGUCGCACAGAAAUUAACCGUUCACAACGAUGGGAGACGAGUGAUCCUCUACGGGCAAUGGAACGAGAAACAAAAGCCAGUUGUGUACGGUGGUGCAGCUCACAGCCGACGUUAUAUUUUUCAUUCGUUAAGCCUUAUUUGGCCCUCAGAGCACACGAUAGGUGGUCUACAGUUUCCAAUGGAAACCCAAAUGCUCCAUAUUUCUGCUGAUUACAAUUCAUUGAAGGAAGCCCUCGAUGCGGCGCCGAGUGAUCCCCAAGCGUUUCUUGGAAUAGUCAAUCUUUAUAAGUAUUCGGACCACACACAGCAAGGUCUAAAGGAAAUACUUGAUGAAGUUCUGAAGGUUAACACGAUAAACGCGUCUGUCAACACGCAUCCCCUUCGCUUCUUUAGUCCACCUUUCAAAGAGUAUGCCUGCUAUCAAGGUUCGCUGACCACGCCGCCUUGCACCGAGUCAGUGUUGUGGCUGGUACGGGCCAGAAGUUUACCUGUGACGAAAGAAGCAGUGGAGUCAGCACACGGAUUAUUAGAUCCCUAUGGACAGCCGCGGCGCUUCGCAGUACGCAUGUCGCAGCCACUUAACGAUAGAAAAGUAUUUUUAUUUUACUAA